UUACAGAGGAAAAGCAGGACAAGAAGAGAGAAAUAGAGAGAGAUUAUGCAACCAUGUUGUGUUUGUGAAUGCGGCCAGUCUACAGACAGGAACACCAACCCAAAUUAUUUGGUUCCCUGCUUCUGUAAAUUCUCUUCUUCUUCUUCUUCUUCUUCUUCUUCUUCUUCUUCCAGGUUUAGUUUCUAAUGCUUUUCUUAAUCUGAAAAAGAAAAGAAAGGAAAAGAAAAGAAAAGAAAAGAAGGGAACAGCCGCACUACAUUCUCUUACAAUAUGUCAGCAUUUUAGCAUUCAACAGAGAACCCAUACCCUCAUUUACCUAAACUAACACAUUUUUCAACUUCCUUCCCAUUUUCCACUUCUCAUCAUCAUCGUCAAGAACAAACAUGUCUUCCAAGACCAAAUCUAGUUUAUCUGAAACUCCUAGCAAAGCAACAGCAGCAACUCCUAGAGUGAAUAAAGUGAGCAGGGGAGUUACUAAAUCAGAAUCUGAUUCACCUGCCCCUGUGCAGAGUUCACGCCUUUCAAUUGAACGUUCCCCACGAUCUGUUACUUCAAAACCCACAAUUGAACGACGGUCAACAAAGGUCACUCCGCCACGUGAAAAACCGCAGACAAGGGUGGUGAAGGGGUCAGAAUUUCAGUCUCAAUUGAGUCUUGUUCAGGAAGAUCUAAAGAAAGCAAAGGAGCAGAUAGGAUUGAUUGAGAAAGAGAAGGAACAGGCAAUUGAGGAACUGGAACAAGCACAGAAAGCUGCUGAAGAGGCAAAUGAGAAGCUUCAAGAAGCUUUGGUGGCUCAAAAGAGGGCCGAGGAGAAUUCUGAGAUUGAGAAGUUCCGAACUGUUGAGUUGGAACAGGCUGGGAUUGAAGCAGCCCAAAAAAAGGAAGAGGAAUGGCUGAAAGAGCUUGAAGCUGUGAGAAACCAACAUGCUUUGGAUGUGGCUGCCCUUCGCUCUACCAGUCUGGAGCUUCAAAAGGUGAAGCAAGAACUGGCCAUGACUGCAGAUGCAAAGAACCAGGCACUGAACCAUGCUGAUGAUGCAACUAAGGUAGCUGAGAUUCAUGCAGAUAAGGUAGAGACUCUGUCAGCUGAAUUGACCCAGUUGAAGGCCUUACUUGAUUCAAAGCUUGAAAUGGAGACCAAUGAAAGCAAUGACAUGCUGUUGAAGCUUAAGAAGGAGAUAGAGACCUUGAAACAAAAACUUGAGGAAGCAAGAGCUUUUGAGGAUAAGUUUAUUGAAAGGGAGGCUUCCAUAGAACAGCUUAAUGUUGAAUUAGAAGCUGCUAAGAUGGCUGAAUCUUAUGCACGGAAUUUAGCAGAGGAGUGGAAAAAUAAGGUAGAAGAAUUAGAGAUGCAGCUUGAAGAAGCAAACAAGUUGGAGAGAUCUGCAUCUGAAUCUUUAUGUUCGGUUAUGAAACAACUUGAAGGAAACAAUGAUCUCUUGCAUGAUGCAGAAAGUGAAAUUUCUGCUCUUAAAGAGAAGGUGGGAUUACUGGAAAUGACAAUUGCAAGACAGAAAGGGGAACUUGAGGAAUCAGAGCGUUGCCUUAGAGUGGCUAAGGAAGAAACCUCUGAAUUGGCAAAAAAGGCAGAGUCUGUGCAGUCUGAGUUGGAAAUGGUGAAGGAGGAGAAAGCUCAGGCUUUAAACAAUGAGAAGCUUGCAGCUUCCAGCGUUCAAAGUCUAUUAGAGGAGAAAAACAAACUCAUAACUGAGUUGGAGAUUUCUAGGGAUGAGGAGGAAAAAAGCAAGAAGGCAAUGGAAAGUUUAGCUUCAGCCUUACAUGAAGUGUCUGCAGAAGCAAGGGAAGCCAAAGAAAAGCUGUUGUCCAGUCAAGUGGAGCAUGAAAAUUAUGAAACCCAGAUAGAGGAUUUAAGGUUGGUCCUCAAGGAAGCAAACAAGAGAUAUGAAACUAUGCUAGAUGAUGCAAAACAUGAGAUUGAUCUUCUUAAGAAUAAUAUUGAAGGAUCCAAGAAUGAAUUUGAGAACUACAAGACUGAAUGGGAGCAAAAAGAACAAAAUCUGAUGAACUGUGUAAAGAAAUCAGAAGCAGAGAACUCUUCUUUGGAAAGAGAAAUUGAUAGGCUAAUAAAUUUGCUUAAGCAAACCGAGGAAGAUGCUUGUGCCACAAGGGAGGAAGAAGCUCAGUUGAAGGAUAGCCUACAGGAAGUUGAAGCUGAGGUGAUCUCAUUGCAAGAAGCUCUUGGGGAGUCAAAGGUUGGGAGCAUGAAACUGAAGGAAAGUUUAUUAGACAAGGAAAAUGAGUUGCAGAAUCUUUUCCAAGAAAAUGAGGAGCUCCGAGCUAAGGAAGCCAUUUCUCUGAAGAAGGUGGAGGAGUUGUCUAAAUUGCUUGAAGAAGCUAUGGCCAAGAAGAAAACUGAGGAGAAUGGAGAGCUCACAGACAGCGAAAAGGACUAUGAUUUGCUUCCAAAGGUGGUUGAAUUCUCUGAAGAAAAUGGGCAUGUAAGAGCAGAGAAGCCCAAAUUGGAGCUUCCACCACAACAGCAUGAAGGAAAAGAAAAUUCCAAGGAACAUAGUAAUGGCUUUAACAACCAGACUGUUCCAAUGGAAGCUGCCAAAAUUGAGAAUGUGAAUGGAAAACUGAAAGAAGAUGAAAACAAAGAAAAAGAAGAUGACUCAGUGGAAGUUGAGUUUAAGAUGUGGGAGAGCUGCAAGAUUGAAAAGAAAGAGUUUUCACCAGACAGAGAACCGGAACAGGAAUCCUUUGAGGAUGAAGUGGAGUCCAAGGUAGAUGGUGGUGAGAGCUUUGAUCAGAUAAAUGGUUUGUCUUCAGCAGAAAAUGUUGAUAGUAAUGGUGGGAGCUCACCUUCAAAGCAGCCACAACAGAAGAAGAAGAAGCCUUUGUUCCGCAAAUUUGGAAGCCUACUGAAGAAGAAGAGUACUAGCAACCAGAAGUAGAAGAGGCCAAUUAUGGCCUGACUUAUGUCCAAUUAACAGGCAGGUAUAUUCGAUAAUAUCUCGCACCAGAGUGUUUGCUUUAUUGCUUUUGCAUCUGAUUUCAGAAUAGGUUAAACGAAAAGGAUUGCCUUUAUCUUUUAGUUUUUCCCCCCUUUUGAUGUGAUUACCUUAUUGGGGAGUAAAUUGUAUGUGAUGGAGAUUCUUUUCCCCUUGCUUUUCUUAGCUACAGUUUAUGAAGGGAGUGGUGACUUUGAAAUUGUAUUUUAAUAUGUUUUCAUCUACUUGACAUGGGAAAACAUAUAUUUUUACUUGUUGAAAAGAUGGUAUAUUUAGUUGAUUCUUCUAAAAA